CGCACAGGGUGUGAGAACAAGCCUUGGGAAGUAAGUCUUCCUUCCAAUAAAUAUUUAAACUAAGAACUACCCUUUCAUGGUUUCUUCUUUAGUCCUUUCUAUGUUAUUCUCUAUGAUUUGGAGGAAGCGGAGAUGGACACCGGCAUAGAGCUUUUCAGUGAGCACGGUCCGAACAGUCGCCAUAGAUUUUACAGCAAAUUGAGAAAGUCUUACGGAACGUGGUGCCAGAGGAAAGGCGUUGCUGUUGAGACGACGUGGGGGUUGUCGCUUGUUGGAAAAGCAAGGUCAAGAGCCCUUGCUUCUAAAUUGCUUCGAAAAACAAUUUCUGUAUGGUGGCUAAGGCCUGCCAGCAGGAUUUGGGACAUGGGUUCCACCCGAACUUGUCGUCAUGGAGAUGGAGCGGCUUUAAAGUGGCCGAGUCAGAUUAUUCAAGACACUAACAAUCAAAAGACUGAAAAAAGAGAUGCUAAAAACCUUAGUUACUUGAAAUAAGACAGACAUGUACAUUAAAACAACCCGUAGGACACCCAGCACCGAGGUGGGCCGGCUGAGAUUACGCCCAGCUCCUUCUCGCGUCCAUUUAUACACAAAAGGAAACCCGGCUCUCCUCGCCGGAAGGAGAACCUCUGCCCUCUGGAGCAUUACACAUUCCUCCGCGCCGGAAGAGUUCGUCUUGCUUCCUCGCCGCCUGCUUCCCCCACCCUUACCUCUCCUGGAGGGGAGAUCGCGGGGCCUUUAGGGUGUGCCGCUUUAAGUCGUCCGACAGCGCGGAACUUUCGCGGACAAGGAGACCAGGAACGAAGCUGGGCUGCCUGGAAAGGGAGGAAGAGGAAAGGUCGUAUAACAAGGCGUCGCGUUGCUGCGGAGGGAUUCUGUUUCUUGGGGGUGCGGAGGGAUUUGACAGUACGUUAACUUCCGGAAAAGUCCUGGCCCUGAGAGGAAAAGCCCCGAAGGAAACAAUAACAAACGAGAGGAGGAAGCGAUUCUGGGGUUCCAGUCUUGAGCACUUCUUGUUCGAGAAGAUGAGCUUCGGUCCCUGUCAGGGGACGUGAAAGGGGUCGGUGGGCUUGAGCCAGCCUUUCUCCAACUGUCCCCUCACGGGGGUCCCCUGGGUGUUGCCAUGGCGGGCGUGGGGCCGGGGGGCUAUGCGGCGGAGUUCGUGCCCCCUCCGGAGUGCCCAGUCUUUGAACCCAGCUGGGAGGAGUUCACAGACCCGCUCAGCUUCAUCGGCCGCAUCCGGCCUCUGGCGGAGAAGACCGGCAUCUGCAAAAUCCGACCGCCCAAGGAUUGGCAACCUCCAUUUGCGUGUGAAGUAAAAAGCUUUCGUUUCACUCCCAGAGUCCAGCGCCUGAAUGAACUUGAGGCAAUGACCAGAGUGAGACUAGACUUCUUGGAUCAACUAGCAAAAUUUUGGGAACUUCAAGGAUCUACUUUGAAGAUCCCUGUGGUAGAGAGAAAAAUCCUGGAUCUGUAUGCUUUGAGCAAGAUUGUUGCCAGCAAAGGAGGUUUUGAAAUGGUCACCAAAGAGAAGAAAUGGUCUAAAGUGGGUAGCCGCCUGGGAUAUCUGCCAGGAAAAGGAACUGGGUCUCUUCUGAAGUCACACUAUGAAAGAAUUCUGUACCCAUAUGAGCUUUUCCAGUCUGGUGUCAGCCUUAUGGGUGUACAAAUGCCUAAUUUAGAUCUUAAAGAAAAAGUGGAGCCUGAGGUUCUUGGCACUGACGUCCAAACUUCCCCAGAGGCGGGCACAAGAAUGAACAUUUUGCCAAAGAGAACAAGACGUGUCAAGUCUCAGUCAGAAUCUGGAGAAGUAAAUAGAAACACAGAACUGAAGAAACUUCGAAUUUUUGGGGCUGGGCCUAAAGUUGUGGGUCUGGCGAUGGGAGCAAAAGAAAAAGAAGAUGAGGUCUCCCGAAGACGAAAAGUUACCAACAGGUCAGACGUAUUUAACAUGCAAAUGAGACAACGGAAAGGAACUCUCUCUGUUAACUUUGUUGAUCUCUAUGUUUGUAUGUUUUGUGGUCGGGGAAAUAACGAAGAUAAAUUACUUUUGUGUGAUGGAUGUGAUGACAGCUAUCAUACAUUUUGUUUAAUUCCCCCCCUGCCUGAUGUGCCCAAAGGAGACUGGAGGUGUCCUAAAUGUGUUGCGGAGGAAUGUAAUAAACCUCGAGAAGCCUUUGGGUUUGAACAAGCUGUACGAGAGUAUACACUUCAGAGCUUUGGAGAGAUGGCAGAUAAUUUUAAGUCCGAUUAUUUCAAUAUGCCAGUCCAUAUGGUUCCCACAGAACUAGUAGAAAAGGAAUUCUGGCGGCUGGUGAGCAGCAUUGAAGAAGAUGUUAUUGUCGAGUAUGGAGCUGAUAUCUCUUCAAAAGACUUUGGGAGUGGAUUUCCUGUGAAGGAUGGUCGGAGAAAGAUGCUGCCAGAAGAAGAGGAAUAUGCUCUUUCUGGUUGGAACUUGAAUAACAUGCCUGUCCUAGAGCAAUCUGUUCUUGCACAUAUUAACGUAGACAUUUCUGGUAUGAAGGUGCCAUGGCUUUAUGUGGGAAUGUGUUUCUCUUCUUUUUGUUGGCACAUUGAAGAUCAUUGGAGUUAUUCCAUCAACUACUUGCACUGGGGGGAGCCAAAGACAUGGUAUGGUGUGCCGUCUCAUGCUGCAGAACAACUGGAGGAGGUGAUGAGGGAGCUGGCCCCUGAGUUAUUUGAAUCUCAGCCUGAUCUGCUGCAUCAGUUAGUCACCAUCAUGAACCCCAAUGUGCUGAUGGAGCACGGUGUGCCUGUGUACAGGACCAAUCAGUGUGCUGGCGAAUUUGUUGUGACAUUUCCUCGUGCCUAUCAUUCUGGAUUUAAUCAGGGCUACAACUUCGCUGAAGCUGUGAACUUCUGUACUGCUGACUGGUUGCCCAUUGGACGUCAGUGUGUCAGUCAUUACCGACGGCUGAGGCGCCAUUGUGUCUUUUCACAUGAGGAACUCAUUUUCAAGAUGGCAGCAGAUCCAGAAUGUUUAGAUGUGGGGCUGGCUGCCAUGGUGUGCAAAGAAUUGACUCUCAUGACUGAAGAAGAGACACGGUUAAGGGAGGCUGUUGUACAAAUGGGUGUCCUGAUGUCAGAAGAAGAAGUGUUUGAACUUGUUCCUGAUGAUGAGCGACAGUGUUCAGCAUGCAGAACCACGUGUUUUCUCUCAGCUCUCACGUGCUCCUGUAAUCCAGAGCGGCUUGUGUGUCUCUACCAUCCAACUGAUCUGUGCCCUUGCCCCAUGCAGAAGAAAUGUCUUAGAUAUCGCUACCCAUUAGAGGACCUCCCUUCUCUGCUAUAUGGUGUGAAAGUCAGGGCACAGUCCUAUGAUACUUGGGUCAGUCGUGUUACAGAAGCAUUAUCUGCUAACUUCAACCACAAGAAAGAUUUGAUUGAAUUACGAGUAAUGCUGGAAGAUGCUGAGGAUAGGAAAUACCCAGAGAAUGACCUCUUUCGAAAACUCAGGGAUGCUGUAAAAGAAGCUGAGACAUGUGCUUCUGUGGCUCAGCUGCUUCUGAGCAAAAAGCAGAAGCACAGGCAGAGUCCAGAUAGUGGGAGGACUCGGACCAAACUGACAGUGGAAGAAUUGAAGGCCUUUGUCCAGCAACUUUUUAGUCUUCCAUGUGUCAUCAGCCAAGCUCGACAAGUAAAGAAUCUGCUGGAUGAUGUGGAAGAGUUUCAUGAACGCGCUCAAGAGGCCAUGAUGGACGAAACCCCAGAUUCUUCCAAACUCCAGAUGUUGAUAGACAUGGGCUCUAGUCUCUAUGUGGAGCUACCUGAAUUAGCCCGACUGAAGCAAGAGCUGCAGCAGGCUCGAUGGUUGGAUGAAGUAAGACUGACCCUAUCAGAUCCACAACAAGUCACUUUGGAUGUCAUGAAGAAAUUGAUAGACUCUGGCGUGGGUUUGGCACCCCACCAUGCUGUGGAGAAAGCAAUGGCUGAACUACAGGAGCUCCUUACAGUCUCUGAGCGAUGGGAAGAAAAGGCUAAGGUCUGCCUACAGGCAAGACCACGGCAUAGUGUGGCAAGUUUAGAAAGUAUCGUGAACGAAGCUAAGAACAUUCCAGCCUUUCUACCCAAUGUGUUGUCCCUAAAAGAAGCCUUACAAAAGGCUCGAGAAUGGACGACUAAAGUGGAAGCUAUUCAGAGUGGCAGCAAUUAUGCUUACUUGGAGCAGCUGGAGAGUUUAUCUGCUAAAGGGCGCCCUAUCCCUGUGCGUCUUGAUGCAUUGCCCCAAGUGGAAUCACAGGUAGCAGCAGCACGGGCAUGGAGAGAAAGGACUGGGCGGACCUUCCUUAAGAAGAAUUCUAGCCAUACAUUGUUACAGGUGCUGAGUCCCCGGACUGACAUUGGUAUAUAUGGGAGCGGUAAAAACAGAAGGAAAAAAGUAAAAGAGCUAAUAGAAAAAGAAAAAGAAAAGGAUCUGGACCUUGAUCCUCUGAGUGAUCUGGAGGAAGGAUUGGAGGAAACCAGAGAUACAGCCAUGGUGGUGGCCGUUUUCAAAGAACGGGAGCAAAAAGAGAUUGAAGCCAUGCACACCCUCCGAGCAGCCAACCUAGCCAAGAUGACAAUGGUGGACCGCAUAGAAGAAGUAAAAUUUUGCAUUUGCCGCAAGACAGCCAGUGGGUUUAUGCUACAGUGUGAGCUCUGCAAAGACUGGUUCCAUAACAGCUGUGUUCCACUUCCUAAGUCAAGUUCCCAGAAAAAAGGGUCUAGCUGGCAGGCUAAAGAAGUAAAAUUCCUUUGCCCUCUUUGUAUGCGGUCUCGAAGGCCAAGGCUAGAAACUAUUCUCUCACUCCUGGUAUCACUUCAGAAGUUGCCUGUACGGUUGCCUGAAGGAGAGGCCCUACAGUGUUUGACAGAACGUGCUAUGUGUUGGCAAGAUAGAGCACGGCAGGCCCUAGCAACAGAUGAACUAUCCUCUGCUCUGGCCAAACUGUCUGUGUUGAGCCAGCGUAUGGUGGAGCAGGCAGCUCGAGAAAAAACUGAGAAGAUUAUCAGUGCAGAACUCCAGAAAGCAGCUGCCAAUCCAGACUUACAGGGACACUUACCUAGUUUCCAGCAGUCUGCUUUUAACCGGGUGGCGAGCAGUGUGUCUUCUUCCCCUCGACAAACAAUGGACUACGAUGAUGAAGAAACAGAUUCUGAUGAAGACAUUCGAGAGACGUAUGGCUAUGAUGUCAAGGACACAGCCAGCGUGAAGUCCUCUAGUAGUCUGGAACCCAAUCUUUUUUGUGAUGAAGAGAUUCCCAUCAAGUCUGAGGAGGUGGUCACUCACAUGUGGACGGCACCUUCAUUCUGUGCAGAACAUGCUUAUUCUUCUGCUUCUAAGAGUUGUUCUCAAGGUUCUAGCACCCCAAGGAAACAACCUCGGAAGAGCCCUUUGGUGCCCCGAAGUUUAGAACCUCCAGUGUUGGAGUUGUCACCUGGAGCCAAAGCCCAGCUAGAAGAACUUAUGAUGGUUGGAGAUCUCCUAGAAGUGUCUCUGGACGAGACUCAACACAUAUGGCGAAUUUUGCAGGCCACACACCCACCCUCUGAAGACAGAUUCUUGCAUAUCAUGGAGGAUGACAGCAUGGAAGAGAAACCAUUAAAAAUAAAAGGAAAGGACUCUUCAGAGAAGAAACGGAAACGGAAGCUAGAAAAAGUAGAGCAGCUUUUUGGAGAAGGAAAACAGAAGUCCAAGGAGUUAAAGAAAAUGGAUAAACCUAAAAAGAAGAAGUUAAAAUUAAGUGCAGAAAAAUCAAAAGAGCUGAACAAACUGGCCAAGAAACUAGCAAAAGAAGAAGAGAGAAAGAAAAAGAAGGAGAAGGCUGCUGCAGCCAAAGUUGAACUUGUGAAAGAGAAUACUGAGAAGAAGAGAGAGAAAAAAGUGCUGGACAUCCCCUCCAAGUAUGACUGGUCAGGAGCAGAGGAAUCUGACGAUGAGAACGCUGUGUGUGCAGCACAGAACUGCCAAAGGCCCUGCAAGGACAAGGGAGUUGUAUUUGUAACGAAGAAGAGAAGAAUAAAAAAUAUUAGUUUUAAAAGUGGCCUAUGUGACUGCUUUUCUAAAAAGGUAGACUGGGUACAAUGUGAUGGUGGCUGUGAUGAGUGGUUUCAUCAAGUUUGUGUGGGUGUAUCUCCAGAAAUGGCUGAAAAUGAAGAUUACAUCUGUAUAAACUGUGCAAAGAAGCAGGGGCCAGAUAGCCCAGGUCAAGCACCACCUCCUUCCUUCAUAAUGAGCUACAAACUACCAAUGGAGGAUCUUAAGGAGACCAGUUAGCAGAUGCUGGGUUAGUUUGGGACAUGGGGGAAAAUGGACCACAUUGAGACCUUAGUCAUCAAGUAGUGGUUUAGAUCCACUCGAAAUGUUGCUUCCAAAGACGAAUGGCCUUCAGAGAAAGUCCCGUUAGCUGACUUCCUCUUUGCAUGGACUGUGUGAUCUACAUUCUCUAUCAACACAUCUAUGCAGAGGGUGUCUUCUUUGGUUCAGCAGCCAAUAUUUCAGUUGAUGUCUCCUCUGAGGAUGGUUUGUUACAUUAGGGCCAGACAUUUGAUUGAGCUCUAGGGUGGCUGGUUGGCAUUAAUACAUUGGUGUGUAUUACAAGCAGAGCAUGUAGGUUGUGGCUUAUGGCCAGUUGAUAUUAGUUAGAGGUUUACAACCUAGGGGCAGCACCAUCUGGAGGUGCUGAUUACUUGGAUCUCCUUGGUUAGGAUACUUGCAGAGGAAUCAAGAGUACCACUUUCCUACCACCAUUACUUGGCAUUUAAUGCCCUACAGAUACAACUAGGAGAGGAACAGGGCCGAAGUCACUCCUGUGAGAAGUCAUGGGAUAGUAGCACAGUCUGUAGACCUCAGCUGCUUAUGUUCGUUUGUACCAAGAAGAAAACCUCAAAUGAGAGGCAGAUCAUCUUCUCUUCUUAAGGAAGAGGAUGUCAUCUAGUUCAGAAAUCUGACUAGAUUGGAUUCUGGGAAGAAGAGCUUUUCUUAUUUCAAGGCGAGGAGCCUUUUUUGGCUUUGAGAAGUCUUGCUGUCUUGAGUCUACAUUUUAGAGAAGAGCAGGUACAUGGAUCCAGGCUUCUGCAAAAGAAGAGAAGACAAGUCAGAAUGUUUUACUGAGCCUCAGUGAUGCAUGCUUUUCCGGGAAACCUUCAUUCACAAGUAUACCAGAUACCACCAGGCUUCAGGCAUGGCCGUGAGCAAGACCAGCAAAUAACAGCUUUUUGCCUUGCAGCCCCAACCCCAAUGUCUGCUGUUCCAAUACUGGCACUUCUGAUUGUGGCCCACAGCAGAUGCUGUUGAAUAACACCAUGGCUUCAUCAGGAUGGGGGGGUUGUAGUACCUCUGGGUGAUGAGGUGGUUUUAGUAAAUCCAUUUUUAAAAAAAGAAAAAAGGACUUGUUUUUACUUUUUUCUAAGUGUCUCUGACUACUGACUGUUCUAUAAAUAGAUUAUUUUUCCUUUUUUAAUAUACAUAUAUGAAUAUAUAAAUAUAUAUAUUUACUGUUACCAGCAGCUAUGACAGUUUCAGCAUCAAAAAUCCAUUUGGGGGCUUGCUUUCUCUUUUUUGCUUUGUAAUAAUGAAAUCCCAUUCCUUCCUUGUAGCACAAGAAGUUAGCACUUCCUUCUCCAUCUUAGCCUGACCAGAUCUUCCAUCUCAUUUUUGUUCAAAUAGAUAAUUAUAUUUCCUUUGUAUGUUGGGACUUAAUCCCCGUCUGUUGGGAAAGUUGGUCUUACUGUAUCUGUGCUGGCUGUUUUGUUUUGUUUUGUUUUUGUAUGUCAGUGUUUGAAACUAUGGUGCUGUGUCCUCUCCCCUUCUGUUGUGUUCUCUAUUCUUGUUAAGGUAUUAGGUAAGCUGUAUGGAAACUAUUACUAGAAGGGGACUAAUUUUUUUUUAAGGACGAAAAAGAAAAAACUCACUAAAAAUAGUGUUUUGUCUUCACUAUCCUGUGUCUCUUUAUUUUGGGUUAAAAAUCUGUGUUUUGACUUAAAUUCAUCAGUUUUCCUUUUCAAAGGGGGAAGCAGGGUGGACCUAGAGAACCGCGUAUGGUCUCUUCCCUUUUUGCCCUAAUCUCUUUUAAAGAAGUCUUCUAGUAACUAGAAGUGAAAUGUACUGUCCAGUUACAGUUUGAGUGGGUAUGAGAUUUAACUCAAAAGGCAUCUGACUGAAAAAAAAGCAAAAGCUGUCCAGUUUCUGUAAGUGCUUUCUCUGUGGUUCAUACUACCUAUUUUUCAGUCACUCUUCCCUCAAUAUUAUGUAACAUUUUGUGUGUUAAAGAGGUUCGUAAGCAUUGCUGUGCAUGUGUCUUGAGAUAUUAUCUCAAGUGUGUGUAUGAUUUAAGAUUUCAAUGGAUAUUGCAAGGUGUAACUAAUUAACCAAUUUCAUAAGUUUUCAUUUUUCCACAUUAUGUAAAGAUAUUACUUAGUUAAAAAUUUUAUCUGGUUGAUGUUACAGAAGAAAGCACAAUAUUUUUUGCCUUUUGGUCUUCUCUGUAAAAAUCUUCAAAUACUUUUGGGUUAAAAAUUCGAUGCAAUUUUAAGUCAUGGCUGCCUGGGACACGUUCAAAACUAUUUUAUUUUUUCUUCUUAGUCACCUAUUAACUACUCGACCAUUAGUGGAGAGGCACAAGGAUGCUGAGAAAGAUGGCUAAGGUGCUUUGCUUCUUGGAGUAUGGUGGAUGGACAUAGGUGGCUGUUGAGGGAAUAAUUUAUAUCCUUAAUGUGGUAUUUGCCUGCUGGAGAUGGGAGAGAAAAAUGCAAGGCAGUCUCCAACCAUGAAUAGCUUCUUGUUUAUCUUUGGACAUUUUGAAACUUAGAUAAAUCAUUUAAUUUAUACUGUGGGAUUUUCUGUAUUUAUUUGAAAGUCAGAGAGGUUUGGUCUGACUCACAAUCAUAGAUUUAGACCAAAGUUGAGAAGAACAGAUAAGAAUAAUUAGUAAAAAAAGAAAAGAAAAAUUAAAAUACACAAAUGUACAAUUUUGGAAUUAAUGAACUAAGAUUCAUCUGUUUAAAGAAAUGCUGAUAUUCUAAUAUAGCACAUUGUUUUCAAUUAGAGGAGGUUACUUAUUUACAACUUACUCCAUUCUUCAGUAUUGUGACAUUUUAUGUUAAAACUUGAUUUAAAAUGUUUCUUUACCCUUUCUAACUCCUCAAAGUUGCACUUCUUCACCAUUAGUAUUUUAACUUAGGUAUUAAUUCUUUCAAAGGUAUUUCUUACCACCUUCAUUGUAAACAGUUUUGGCAAAGGUUGUAGAAAGAAAAAUGAGAAAAUGGUAGGUCUUUGAUAAAUUUCAAAGGGUAGGUCAUUAGAACUAUGUGACUCCCAAGUUUCUAAGUACAACUAGAGUAUUAGUAGUUAGCUUUCUUGUUGAGGGGGAGGGGACAUUUUCCUCCCACAAGUGUUUCUUUACUUCCUGGUAGUUACUGCAAGAGAGCCAUGUUGAGAUGUAGGUGCUAGGCUCCCUUACUAAGCUGCUGCCAAUUAGCUUUGCGUUGCAUGAUUCAAAUUUGUGCCUCAAUAAAUUACAAAUUACUGUAUGUAUUUUUUUUGAUGAAAAGGCAAACAUUAAAUCUGUAAUUGCCCACAACAUACUUUAGUAGUGAAAACCCUAAAAAAGGCUAACGGACCUUUGAGAUUGGAACAGUUUUAUCUGUACUCACUUGUGUUCUUCUCUGCUUUUGUCUUUAAGCGUCCAAGAAAUGUCAGUUUAUUUGUUUUUCUUAAUUUUUAGAUUCUGGCUGCAAUUUGGUGCACAUGAAAAAAAUUCCCUUCUUGUCAGUAUAUUAAUUCUAUAGUAUAUUUGUGUGAAUAUCAGCCAGUACUAAAGUAGGAGGAUAAAAGGAAAACUUGAGAAAGCUCUUUUUUCAAAUGGUAGGAUUAUCCACUUUUUAAAGGAGAAAGUGACAAUAUGGAGUAGGAUUUGAAAAUUGUAAAUUGCAGAAAAAUUAAGCUGUUAAAGUCCCACAUAUAACCAGGUUCAAUAAAGGUUUACAUAUGAACUA